AUGCGAGAGCAGAGCAAGUUGGACAAGCUGCUGCAAAAGACGUACUCCUUCGAAAACUACCUCGAUGGCUGCGGCCGGGACUUGGCGCUUAACCUCAGAAAGGCGCAGCAAUUGGAUCUGGUGGUGCCAUCCCCCAAUACCGCGCUGGCCGUUGACCUGCUUUCGACGGGCCGGUAUACACGCAUGCCGCUGAUGCUGCAGCAGCUCGCGGAGUCGGCUACCACCAAUUCGGUGCCGAUGCCACCACUGGGCCCGGAAGAGGCCGAUCCGACCGUGGAACGCAUAUACAGCGAGUACCGCAUCCGGUUCCGCGGCUCGGAGUGCAGGCGCAAGCAAGCUGUGGUGAAGUAUAGCAAUGCACAGUGCACCCUCGAGAGGGAGGGGAUGUUCAGCGUAACGCUUGUGUACGACUUUUACACAUGGCAGGUGCUAUUAGCCGUGCCUACAGUGUUGGAACGUUUCGGAUGCAGCACCGACGGCGAAGCGCGGACUACGUUCUUCUCGAUGUUGAUGUAUGCCGUGGCGAUCCACAACACCCAAAACAAGCGGAAUAUCUUCGACGUGGUGUACGACUGCGCGAACCUGUACGUCGGGAAGAUAAUAAUGGAACGGCUGAAAGCUCAGGCCGUGGAUUACAGGGCGCUCAAACUUAUUGUGACCGACUACACUUACUACGUGUCGUCGGAACCGGAGCAUAUGCUCAUCUCGUGCACCGAUGUGGAGAUGGACGAGCAUAAUUGGCUAGUGCUCGACAUCAAAACCUUCCCUGGGUUCAGGGAGGACGAUGCGGAGUACAUCACGCUGAGGUUCGAGAUGGAAGGGAGCGGCGACAUCAGUGUGACGACGCUGGAGCUGCCCAAUUUGAUCUGCGAGAGCCGCAUCACGGAGCACCGACUUGACCAGUGGUUGGAUAUCUUGGCUAACCGCCUUGAGAAAUAUCAGCUCGAAAAACUAGGCAACUCUGCGUAUGUGUCCAUGAACUACGCCACGGGUUCACUCAACCUCAAGGGGCUCCCAGUCACCUUCACCCUGGCCGAGUCAGAGCCGCUGAUGCAGUGCUUGCACGUUAGGGAGGCGCUAAUGCGCGUGGGGGGCGGAGAAGAUCCCUGCUCCGAGUUAUCCCGGGAGUGGCUGCGGGAAUUUUGGCGGGGCCGACCGUGCAUGUUUUGCCCACCUACUGGCCAUACGGAACCCGUGGAACCGUGGGAUGAAACAGAGUUGUCCGCUGAGCUUAUUGCACCCCUCGUACAAGAUGCAAAUAGUGCAGAGGGUCUCCUCAGCGAGCAGCUACGACAGUUUGUUAUGGACUUCUGGAUUUACCUGGCGGACAAGCCGAAUGCUGUGCAUGGUGCUAUCGCCUACCGGGCCAACAACGUGUUCAACUUUGAAAGUACGGAAGACGUAGAACUGUACCUCACCGCCGCCGCACACGACGGGCAUAUCGCCGAGAGGGUGGUGCUGGUCAUCAAGGAAUCGGUGCUACAGGGUACGAUCCGGCUGACGGACGACCUCUCCCACUAUGCGGCCGCGAAGAACAUGAUAUUGGGGAUAAUACACUUGGCCAAUAAGAUAUCGCACCUGCGCGGGUUCACGACCGAACCGCUCGCGCCGGACCACCAAACGCUCGUCGCGUUUCUGAGGGGCUUAAAACUGCAGAUCAAUUACAUGGGGGUGUGCGACUGCGUCAGCCAAAACGGCAUCUUCACGCGUUUCAACUCCAUGGAAGCCGCUUAUGCCUUUCUAAAUAGCAUGAAGACAAUGGGGGAUUAA